AUGUGGAUGCAAGAGUGUGCUACAUGUGCACCAGCCCAAGUGAGUGGCAUUCAGACCUGGAUGAAACACCUGACGGAAGUGCACCCACUCCCAACUGAAUGGCCGAGCGAUCGAGCCUCAAGGCUCACGGGACAGGCUGCCAUGAAACCCUACACGACAAUUACUGAGUCUAAAAAGCGGCGCAAGAAGGAUUCUAUCCCUCGACCACUAAACAGUUUCAUGGUGAGUCGCUCUAUACAUUCUACAAUGCCGAACGUUGUUGCAUUUACUCUGGUGCCAAAAGAUCCUUACAUGUCUCGGUUUGUAUUUCAUCCCUAG